GCUAGGGAUACCGAAAGAAAACGGAUGUGACGGCGUGAGAAACUGUAGACUAGACUAGCUUGAGUGUUGGUUAUCGUGAGAAGAUGACGGAAGCUCUUCCGAUAGGCCGCAGCCGCUUCCACAGCGGCAGCACCAUGGGCGAACUCAAGACGGCUCCCCGCACCAAGGAUGGCAUCGAGGAGUCGCCGUGGACCGACCAUGACUGGUAAGCAACCCUCACCUCUCCCACGACCGCCAUCAGUCACCUCACCUGUGGCCCUUGUUGUUUGGCGCCUUUCAGGUACUGGAGCGCUCAGAAGCCCAACCGAAAGUAAGCUGCCCAGACCACACAGACGCCCAUCCGUCGCCCAUCCCUGCCCGUGUGUGUUCUGUGUCGGUUCCUCAGGGCGUCAUUGGAGUCGAUGGGCACGAUGACGACCGUGGCGGGUGCUUCGUCUGCGGAGCUGGACGUGGGUGACGCCUGCGAUGAGUGGGACAUCGACGACGUCCUCAGCCAGGACAGACGCACGCCCCUGUCCAUGGGGGCAUCCAGCUUCAGCUUCCUCCACAAAGACAGCGAGAUGGACCUGGUGCGCCAGACCGUACCUGAGGAAGAACAGGACCAGCCGGUCAGUGAGUGAAGUGACACCCAACACCCACACACACACCACCCUCACAACACACACACGCCCAUCCCCCAUCUGGUUUGUGUAUGUGUCGCCCUGCAGGUAUUUGACGAGAACGACCGUGAGAGCGAGUCGGAGAUGGACGCCGACCGCCAUCUGUUCGACCCGCAGGCCGCCAAGCCGGAGCCCAUCGCACCCCUCCAGUACGCCGACGACGACAUCGAGGCCUACGACCAGGCCGUCCUCAACCUCAUCCAGGCCAGACAGGGAAACCAGGGGCAGGCCGAGGCCUUCGACCAGGAGGUGGCCUACGGUAGUGGUGGUGGUGGUGGUGUUGGUGGGGCUGAGGUGCGUGAGGGGGCGCAUGUGUCGCUGGAUGAGCUGGAGAAACGACUGGCCAGAGGGUGAGCUCACACACACACACUAAGGAGGGGAGAGAGAGCAUUGAGAUGAUGGGUGUUCUGUGCGUUGUGUGUUGUGUUGUUGUCCGUUGAUUGUCAGUGUUGGUCCUGAGGCAGCUCACAAGAUCGCUGAGGGCCUCAAGGAGGAGCACCUCGACGUGGAACUGGACCACCUGCCCGAUGAUAAGUCCGUGAGAUCACAUCACACCACAUCACAUCACAUCACACCACACCACACCCACACUCCUCUCUGUCGCACAGGGACAUAGACGACUUCCGCACUGUGUUGUCAUUUGCCGUUGACGACAUCGAGGCCUUCGAUGACGCCCUCCGCAGAGCCGUCGCCACCACCCGCCAGGCCUUCCCGGAGGUCAACCAGGCCACACGCGACCUCCGUGAGCGUCUGGAUGAGGACGGCUACAAGUGGGUCGGCGGCAUGAGCGGCAAGUUGAAGGACACGCCACUCACUGACGAACCCAUUGGCGCACGACUCGCGUAAGGGAGGGAGCUGCAGGGAGAAUAAUACAACAACUCGUCCAUGUGCUUUUCUGCCUUGUUGCAGCCCCGAUUCACUGGUUGACGUUGAUGACUUCGAUGCGUACGACAGAGCCGUUAUCGAGCAGCUGACUAGUGGGCCGCCCCCGCGCACUCUGAAGGACGCCGACGAGGCUGAGUGGGACGCCGAGGUGGCCUACACUCGUGACCUCCACACGGGCGGCAUGAGCGGUCCUCUCCCAUUCACGCCGCUCGCCAACGAACCCGUCGGUGCCCGCAUAGCGUAAGAAGCCCCCCACACACACAGAUGCACACACGACACGAACCAUCCCCUCCUCAUCUCUCUCCCUCCCUCCCUCUCCGUCUGUCUGUCGGGUGUUAUUGCCAUCAGUCCUGGUGCCGUGUUGGAUGUGAGUGACUUCGCGGCGUACGACCGUGCCGUGAUGGACCAGUUGGAGUUGCAUCAGCUCGAGUACGGCGGCCCCCGCCUGCCCACUGACGAGGGGCAGCGUCGCCCCGCCGACACGGCCCCGCCAUACGUGCGCGAGACGCCUGCCAUGGAGCGUCAGCGUCUGGCGGCUCUGUGCAGCCUCCGUGAGCGUUUGGACGAGGACGGCUACGGGUGGGUCGGCGGCAUGAGCGGCAACUUGAAGGACACACCACUCACCGACGAGCCCGUCGGCGCACGACUCGCGUAAGAAAGCAUCCACUCGAUCAGACAUACACAGACACACACAAAGGGAGAGAGGGCAAACGCUGUCAAACGGACCAGCUCAUUUUGGCCUUUUCUGUUCUCCGUGUGUUCUGCAGCCGUGACUCGUUGGUUGACGUUGACGAUUUCGAUGCGUAUGACAACGCCGUUGCGGAGCAGCUGUCUCGUGGGCCGCCCUCGCGCACACUUCAGGACACCAGUGGUGAGGAGUGGGACGCCGAGGUGGCCUACAGCCGCGACCUCCACACGGGCGGCAUGAGCGGCGAUCUGCCAGAGACGCCGCUCGCCAACGAACCCGUCGGCGCUCGCAUAGCGUAAGAAGCCGCCCACCCCACACACCCCAAAGACACCAACAGACCACACCAACGUUUGUCUGCUGUUUCCAUCCGUCCAGUGCUGGAGUUGACGUUGAGUCGUAUGACCGUGCCGUGCUGGCUCAGCUGGCUGGCAGCGCCGGCCGCCUGCCGAGCGACGACCUGGUGCAUGACUGGGGGCGGGAGCGGGACUACGGGGGUGUCGAUGACGAUGAUGGGUACAUCGGAGGCAUGAGUGGACCGCUGCCCACGGCGCCACUCGCCGACGAACCCAUCGGGGCGCGACUCGCGUAAGCUAAAUGAAGAACUGACACAGAAAGGACAAGGCGACACAUAUGCUCAUCUCUGUUUGUUCGCCGUUUGUGUGUCAGUCCGAAUGCGUUUCUGGACGUUAGCGAUUUCGAUGCGUAUGACCGCGCGGUGAUGGAGUCGCUGUGCAGCGCCCCCGACCGGCUGCCCACCACCUCGACCAACACCAACGGAUGGGACGCUGAGGUGCCCUGGGCAUACGAGACGCCACUCCGGGUCGUCAGCCGGGACGAGGUCGCCGUGGGCCCGCCCCCGCCGACCUUUCAGGACGUCGACCAGAAGCUCAUGGCCACCGCACAGGACAACUAUGAGUACGUCACACGAACGGAUGGAUGGGUGGAUGCGUGACACAUUGGUGGUGGUGGUGGUGUUGUUGGCUGUCAGGUUGGUGCCGUUUGAGGGCAGCGAGGAGGACUUCGAUGCGUAUGAGGGUGCGGUGCUGGCCGAGGCAUCCAGGGGCGCGGCAGAGGCAGCCAACUUGGUUGACCUCACCUACUGACUGACUCACUCACUCUCAUACACACAACCGUUCACACACAUCCACACAUUUGCGUGCGUGUCUGAUGCAUAUUUGCAUGCCUUCUGCCGUGCCGUGAUGUGCUGUGCAUACGAGAGAG